UCCCCGGCACAAAGUGCGUCCUUGAAUGCGUCACGUCCCCGGCAUUUUGGAGUACGGUGAAUAGUUUGGGCGGGAGCUCAUUUCUCGUAUAUUACUUCGACUUCAGCAUGAACAGGGAUAAGCUUGCCAAGCUGCAGGAGCAGGUGCGGGUGGGUGGCAAAGGAGUGCCACGGAGGAAGAGGAAAGUCGUCCACAAGACUGCCAAUACAGAUGACAGGAAACUUCAAAAUUCUUUAAAGAAGCUGCCUGUCAGCAACAUCCCUGGAAUUGAGGAGGUCAACAUGAUCAAGGAUGACAGUACUGUGAUACACUUCAACAAUCCGAAAGUGCAGGCGUCGCUGCAGUCCAACACAUUCGCCAUCUCGGGCCACGCCGAGAUGAAGCAGAUCACGGAGAUGCUGCCGACCAUCCUGAACCAGCUGGGCUCGGAGAGCAUCACCCACCUGAAGCGGCUGGCCUCCUCCGUCCAGGCCAGCGUAGGCGCCGCCGGCGACGCCGCCGACAACGAUGAGGAGGUCCCGGACCUAGUGGAGAACUUCGACGAGGCCAGCAAAUCGGAGGGCCCGUCAGCCGCGGCAGCCGCCUCCGCCCCCUCCCUGGCCCCGGCCACGGAGCCGGACCCUGCCCCCGCCCCCGCUUCCGAUCCGGUGCCCGCACCAGACGGCGGCGACAAGAAGGAGGACUAGCGAGCUGUGCGGGUCGGCGGCCGCGGCGGGGCCGGCCGUCGGCAGCGCGCGACCCUGCGCCCCAGCCGCGGGGUGAGCGCCGGUCCUCUGGGGGAGCAGCGCGCGACCGGCGGAGGUGGCCGGCACUUGGACGUGAUGUGGCCUCCCGUUGGCCGCUGGCCGCUGGCCGCUGCAGCGCACGCUCGGAAGGACGGCCAUCGUCAUGAUAUCGGGGGCGUCAAGCCAACGUUUGCUGUCUCGGUCGCGCCGUUUGUGAUGGUACUCAAGUCCGUGGAAUAAAUAUCGUCACGAGUC